AUAUAGCAUACAAUAUAAAACUCCUUUGCUGAGUGGGAUUCUACACCAGUUCAUCACAGUACAUCGAACAGUAUACCUAUCACAGAAAAUCUAAAAUGUUUAAGAUCAUCGUUCUGACUGUUUGUUUGGCCGUUGUUGCCGCCGCACCCUACUACGGAGGAGACUACAAUCGUCAUCAUGAGGACCAUCAUCACUCGCAUCCAAAGUACAAAUUCCGGUAUGGUGUUAAGGAUGGAUACACCCACGAUCAUAAGAGUGCCUGGGAACACCGUGACGGUGAUGUGGUGAAAGGACAGUACACUCUGGAUGAAGCUGAUGGCACUCAUCGUGUGGUUGAUUACAGCUCGGACCACAAGUCUGGAUUCCAGGUCCAUGUGCAGCGCAACGGACAAGCUCGUCACCCACACGGAACGAGCUACGUAAAAAUCGAUCAACACUACUAACUUUUGUAAGACUGAUAUCUAUCGAAGUCAAUGAUGUUGCUUCGGUUGAACUUGUACAAUUGUAAAUUUUAGUAUAUUUGACUAA